ACAAAAACAAAAAAAAAAAACAAAGAAAAAAAGAGAAGGAAAGGGGAAGAAAGCAAACAGCAAAGGCAAAGAGCAGUAAAUAGUACAAGUAGUCAGCAGCACGGAACUCUCUCUCAUUCUCUCUCACUUUCCUUUCAUUUCUCCUUCGUAGUCGCCACUCAUCACCACUAUUUCCAUUACUGGAAACAAAAAGAGUCCCCCCUUCCCUCUCCAAUUCCUUUAAAAACCAGUAAAAAAAAAAAUUUCCUACAUCCUCAACCGUAGCCCAUAGAUAUAUAAAACAAACAUAUAUUCUUCUGAACCAAAAAUAUCUAUAAAUACCCAAUGCUUCUUUUUUAAAUACAGUUGGGACUGUACAAAGGGGGAGAGAGAGCCAGCUUUGUGAGGAAGAAAAACAAAAACCCAAAUGCAUAAUAAUAAUAUACCCUUUGCUUGGUUUGUGUUUUUUGUUUUGUGAGUGAGAACAAAGAUCUGGGCUUUUGAACUUAUUGGUAUCUUUAUAGCUGAGAUCUGUUGGGUAUUUUUGUUUGCUGGGGUUAGUGGGUUACAAGCUUCGAGGAACUCAAAAGGAGAAAAGAAAAGCUGUUGUUUUGGUCACACUUAAGGAUCAAAAGUCUUUGUUUUUGGGAGCUGAAAUGUGGGGCUAAAGUGUUGAAACAUUAAAAAAAGGGGGAGAUUAUGUUGUUUUAGCAUUAAGGUUUUGGAUCAAGAGAAGAACACUUUGGGUUUUUUUUUUUUUUGUGGGUGGGGGAAGAACAAGAUAGGAGGCGGAUGAGGCUGAAAGCGAUUGUGUUUUGUAGUAAAACCGGUUUCGGUUGAAUAAGAAAGACAAGAAAGAAGUCUUGCGGGGGCUUUGUAUUUUUUUGUUUUUUCUUUAAAGUCUGUUCUUUGAUGUGUAAAUUGUUAGCCUUUUGUUCAAUUGGAGUUUGAUUCUUGUUAAGGCAUGGUGUUUUUUUUUGUGGAGACAAAGUAGUAAGAAGAAAGGUUUUGGAGUUUGGGUGUCCUUUGGAGGACUUUGGUCUGGUUAAAGGAAGGGGUUUUAGGGUGGUGAUCUUUUUUUUCUUGAGGAUACAAACUUGGGAUUUAAAGGGUUUUUAUUGAAUUUGUUUGGAAAAGAAAAUGAGACUUUCUUCUGCUGGUUUCAAUCCACCAAACCAGGAAGACACUGCAGGAGAAAAGAGGGUCCUCAACUCUGAACUGUGGCAUGCGUGUGCUGGACCUCUUGUUUCUCUACCACAUGUUGGAAGUAGGGUUGUUUAUUUCCCACAGGGUCAUAGUGAGCAGGUAGCUGCAACAACCAACAAGGAAGUGGAUGCCCACAUACCUAACUACCCAAGCUUACCUCCACAACUUAUUUGUCAGCUUCAUAAUGUUACCAUGCAUGCUGAUGUCGAAACAGAUGAAGUAUAUGCACAGAUGACCUUGCAACCAUUGAGUCCGCAAGAACAAAAGGAGGCUUAUCUACCUGCGGAAUUGGGCACUCCCGGCAAACAGCCAACAAACUAUUUCUGCAAAACAUUAACAGCCAGUGACACAAGCACUCAUGGAGGGUUUUCUGUUCCUCGCCGAGCAGCUGAAAAAGUGUUUCCUCCACUGGACUUCACCCAGCAGCCUCCAGCUCAAGAGUUAAUCGCAAGAGACUUGCAUGAUAAUGAAUGGAAAUUUAGGCAUAUAUUUCGGGGCCAGCCCAAAAGGCACCUCUUGACGACUGGAUGGAGUGUCUUUGUAAGUGCUAAAAGACUAGUUGCAGGUGAUUCAGUGCUUUUUAUAUGGAAUGAUAAAAAUCAAUUACUUCUUGGCAUCCGGCGAGCUAAUCGACCUCAAACUGUAAUGCCUUCAUCAGUGCUAUCAAGUGAUAGCAUGCAUUUAGGGCUUCUUGCUGCCGCUGCUCAUGCAGCUGCAACAAAUAGUCGGUUCACUAUAUUUUAUAAUCCAAGGGCUAGUCCAUCAGAAUUUGUCAUAACUCUCUCAAAAUAUGUCAAAGCUGUCUAUCAUACUCGAGUUUCUGUUGGAAUGCGCUUUAGGAUGCUGUUUGAAACAGAAGAAUCCAGUGUUCGUCGAUACAUGGGGACGAUAACUGGCAUAAGUGACUUAGAUCCUGUUCGGUGGCCAAAUUCACAUUGGAGAUCAGUCAAGGUUGGCUGGGAUGAAUCAACAGCUGGUGAAAGGCAGCCAAGAGUUUCCUUAUGGGAAAUUGAACCAUUGACAACAUUCCCAAUGUAUCCAUCGCCAUUUCCUUUAAGGCUCAAGCGCCCAUGGCCUCCAGGAUUACCUUCUUUCCAUGGCCUCAAGGAUGAUGAUCUAGGCAUGAGUUCACUUAUGUGGCUACAAGGAGAUGCUGGUCGAGGAAUGCAGCAUCUAAAUUUUCAGGGUAUUGGAGUUUCACCAUGGAUGCAGUCGAGGCUAGAUGCCUCCAUGCUUGGUUUGCAGACUGACAUGUACCAAGCUAUGGCUGCUGCAGCAUUGCAAGAGAUGAGAACUGUGGAUCCUUCCAGAUCUGGAACUGCUUCCCUUCAAUUCCAGCAACCCCAAAAUGGCCCUUGCAGGCCUGCUGCUCUAGUGCAACCCCAGAUGUUGCAGCAGACUCUGCCUCAGGCCAUUCUUCAGGGUGUUGAAGACAACCAGCAUCAGUCUCAGCCACAUCUACUUCAGCAACAAUUGCAGCACCAGAAUUCAUUUAAUAACCAACAGCAACACCAGCAGCAGCCUUUGUUUAACAACCAACAGCAACAGCAGCCACAGCAUUCAAUGUCCCAGCAGCACCAGCAACUGGUUGAUCAUCAGCAGAUUCCUAGUCCAGUGUCUGCCAUGUCACAGUAUGCUUCAGCCUCUCAAUCUCAGUCAUCACCGUUGCAAUCCAUACCUUCACUAGGCCAACAACAGAGUUUUUCUGAUUCAAACGGGAACCCUGUGACCAGCCCUGUUGUUUCUCCUUUACAUAGUCUUUUGGGUUCUUUCCCCCAAGAUGAGUCUUCCAAUCUGCUCAACUUGCCUAGAACUAACCCCAUAAUGACUACUUCUGCAUGGCCAUCUAAGCGGGUUGCCGUUGACGUUCUCUCAUCUGGAUCUCCACAGUGUGUUCUACCACAGGUGGAACAGUUGGGGCCUUCCCAGACAAACAUGUCUCAAAAUUCUAUUUCGUUGCCACCUUUUCCUGGUAGGGAGUGCUCGAUAGACCAGGGGGGUACCGACUCACAGAGCCAUCUCUUAUUUGGUGUUAAUAUAGAGCCUUCAUCUGUUCUAAUGCAAAAUGGAAUGUCAGGACUUAGGGGAGUUGGCACUGAUAGUGAUUCCACUUCUAUACCCUUCUUUUCUAAUUAUAUGAGUACUGCAGGGAAUGAUUUUUCGGUUAAUCCAGCAAUGACACCUUCCAGUUGCAUUGAUGAAUCUGGAUUCUUGCAGUCUCAGGAAAAUGUGGGCCAAUCAAACCCACAAACUAGAACCUUUGUUAAGGUUUAUAAAUCAGGGUCCUUCGGGAGAUCAUUGGAUAUUUCUGCAUUCAGCAACUACAAUGAACUUCGCAGUGAACUGGCACAUAUGUUUGGCCUUGAAGGCCAGUUGGAGGACCCUCUGAGAUCAGGCUGGCAGCUUGUAUUUGUUGACCGGGAGAAUGAUGUUCUUCUCCUUGGCGAUGACCCCUGGCCGGAGUUCGUGAACAGUGUCUGGUGUAUCAAGAUACUUUCCCCACAGGAAGUGCAGCAAAUGGGCAAACGAGGCCUGGAGCUUCUAAACUCUGUGCCAGUUCAGAGGCUCUCUAAUGGCAGUUGUGAUGACUAUGUGAGCCGGCAGGACUCGAGAAAUCUUAGCUCUGGUAUCGCCUCCGUGGGUUCUUUGGACUACUGAAUGAAAUUCAUCCGGUUAUGAUACUGUUUUUCUCCUGUAAUAUUAUUGUGUCUUGCAACCCUUUUUAUAGUAGGUGGAAAGAGCUGCCUAACUCUAGCUUGAAGUUUAUAUUUAUAAAAACGCUAAUAGUAAUACUGUAAUUAUAAAAGAUCUUUGUCGCCUAUGUUAUUGAAAUAUCCACACUCCAUAUGUAUUAGGAUAUAUCAAUAUUUAUGAAGCAAGCUUAGCUUUUUCCAACUCA